UGCUACCAUUAAAAUCAGACCCUUUUUUUGUCUCUCGAUUGCUGUCUCCCGACCAAACUCCGAUGUGUUCCGUUAUCAGCGACCUAAAGCCUGCCAUUCCAGCACCUGUCUUGCUAGGGAUCGGUGGAUAGUAUACGAUUCAGAAAGCAGACAAGGACAUAGGAGGAGAGAGAGCUCUAGAGAGACAGCCAGGGAUAGGCACAGAGAGCUUUGAAGUAAUUGGAUUCAAUGGACGAAAUGCUGCUGUUGACAAGAAUUCUCUUGGUGGGCUUCAUCUGCGCUCUUUUAGUCUCCUCUGGGCUGACUUGUGGACCAGGCAGGGGCAUUGGAAAAAGGAGACACCCCAAAAAGCUGACCCCUUUAGCCUAUAAGCAGUUUAUUCCCAAUGUGGCAGAGAAGACCCUAGGGGCCAGUGGAAGAUAUGAAGGGAAGAUCACAAGAAACUCCGAGAGAUUUAAAGAACUAACCCCAAAUUACAACCCUGACAUUAUUUUUAAGGAUGAAGAGAACACGGGAGCUGACAGACUGAUGACUCAGCGCUGCAAGGACAAGCUGAACGCUCUGGCGAUCUCGGUGAUGAACCAGUGGCCCGGGGUAAAGCUGCGGGUAACCGAGGGCUGGGACGAGGACGGCCAUCACUCCGAGGAGUCGCUGCACUACGAGGGCCGCGCCGUGGACAUCACCACCUCGGACCGGGACCGCAGCAAGUACGGCAUGCUGGCCCGCCUGGCCGUCGAGGCUGGCUUCGACUGGGUUUACUACGAGUCCAAAGCGCACAUCCACUGCUCCGUCAAAGCAGAAAACUCAGUGGCGGCCAAAUCCGGGGGUUGCUUCCCCGGCUCGGCCACGGUGCACCUGGAGAAAGGUGGGACCAAGCUGGUGAAGGACCUGAGGCCUGGAGACAGGGUGCUGGUGGCCGACACGGAGGGCCGCCUGCUCUACAGCGACUUCCUCACCUUCCUGGACCGCGAGGACGGCUCCCAGAAGCUCUUCUACGUGAUCGAGACGCGGCAGCCCCGGGCCCGGCUGCUGCUGACGGCCGCCCACCUGCUCUUCGUGGCCCCGCAGCAGAACCAGUCCCAGGCGGGCGGCGGCCGGGCGCUGUUCGCCAGCCGCGUGCGGCCGGGCCAGCGCGUCUUCGUGCUGGGCGAGGGCGGGCGGCUGCUGCCGGCGGCCGUGCACCGCGUGUCGCUGCGGGAGGAGGCGUCGGGCGCCUACGCGCCGCUCACCGCCCAGGGCACCAUCCUCAUCGACCGCGUGCUGGCCUCGUGCUACGCCGUCAUCGAGGAGCACAGCUGGGCGCACUGGGCCUUCGCUCCCUUCCGCCUGCUGCAGGCCGUGCUGGCCGCGCUCGGUCCCUCCGCGGCGGGGUCGCCCGUGGGAGAGCCCGCGGCCCCCGGCAUCCACUGGUACUCCCGGCUCCUCUACCGCAUCGGCAGCUGGGUGCUGGAUGGCGACUCUCUGCACCCGCUGGGCAUGAUGGUGUCAUCCAGCUGAGGCGACGUCCCGGCCGCCCGCCAGGCUCCGACGGAGAGA